AUGGCGUCGUAUUGUGCGGCCCGUCUUGGACCUCCUCCUUCGUUCCCUUCUACAAGCUGUAUGCAGGACAGCGACUGCGGAAGCAGCUCCGGACUCGGAGGGAUGAAGACUCAGGAGCUAGUCUCCGAUGAGGGCGGCAGUUCAUCAUCCGAACAACCCGGAUUCUUCCCCCGUCCAAAUGUCCUACCAUGCGCUCCGCCGAUAAAUGGUGUUACCGGUAUGACCGUACCGACGUGGGUACAUCCAACACCUCCGGGCGCUCCCAACGAUCUGUUCGUACAUAUCCAAAUGGGAGAAACAUUGAACAUUCUUGUUGGCAACGAUGUGCAGAACAUCACUGGGCCUGCUACUGUCCGCAUGGUAGGUGAAUGCGGUAUGUCGCCCUCGGCUCUGCCCAUUCAUGUACCUCCAGGACAUGUCAUCCACCAAAUUAUUGAUGAACAAGGUUUUAUGUCUUCGCGAAUCGCUUCUUCUCCUCCUUUGGCUGUACCCCCAUUCCAUCCUGCUCUCUACACGGUCAACCGUAAAUGGUCUCAUAGUGGGAAGCUGACUAUGCCUGAUCUAGUUCCAACUAAUUCUACACGCAACGAUGAACAGGCGGCUGCACCCGGAGGACCAUUCCCUCAAAUCGACGCUUCUGAAUUUACAUAUCAAAUUGUGUUGUUUGAAAACCAUGGUCGAUUUGUUAGCACAUACCGAUGCGAGACCGAGACGGGCAACAAACUUCGUCUCUGCCAACUUCGUCCCAAUACUGACUAUUAUGUACAGUUGAAAGCAUGUCUUGAAGAGCGCGGUUUGGUUGGGGAACCGAGCCAACCCGUCUGUUUCAAGACGGCUCCUGGACGACCUGAGGCUCCUUUAAUGUUUAGGUGUGUUGCUCGAGGCAUAGAUCAUCUCAUUGUCGCUUGGCGACCGCCAAAUGACAAUGGUGCCAACAUCAUUAACUAUACGGUUUACAUUAUUAAGGUCAGUGGUCAUUAA